GAGCCCAUUAGCCUUUAGCCGGCUCUACGCCUCUACCAAUUCAGAUUUCGGCCUUCCCUGUCUCUCAACACUCAACGGACUACAGAAUACAGAUAUCACAAGCAACGGAGCGCAUGAGGAUUGGAGCGAUAACCUAGGCUCCGGUCGGCCUACCCCAUCUCUGGUUCAGCAGCUUCAGCACAUCUCUGGUUUGCAAUAGAGUUCCUCCACUGCGGGAUUGAGAGCGAAGGUAAGGGGCAGAACAUCAUCUUUCACCUUAUCGGUCCUUCAUCUUCGGGAUCUUGUUUCUUUCUCGACCAUUGCUCACUCUAUAGAGUAAGUUAGAUGAGCUUCGAUCUCAAACUAUAUCGGUCAACGAGAUCAGAACAAAAGAUCAAGGUCCAAUUAGAAACAUCCGGCUCACCCCAAACGGCUCUCAUUUUGCCGGCUCGCCCAAACGGCUCUCAUUUUGCCGGCUCGCCUUCUCUCUCAGACCCGCUUCUUGCCAUCACUCCUCGUCUGCAUGAUCGCUCCUUGUCGGCUCACUGCCACGACGCCACUGCCCCUAGCCUCCUAGACAAUGAAAGAAUUCAGCCUGAGAUCUCCCACCGGGUGAAAGGCGAUGAUGAGACAUUCAAAGCUUUCGUCUAGCAACAAUAAUAGAAUCAGUUGGAGACCAACUCUUCUUCAUCUGCUCCUUGCAGCGGCCAUUUUCUCCAUCCUUGUCUUCAUCAUUCAGUCCUCUAUCUUCACAGGUCAGCACAGAGCUAAUACCAUCAACCCAGAGGAUAUUCGGAUCUUAUCUGAUUUCCAGUCCAACCUUCAGCAAUGCGUGGCGAAUCGAGGUCUGGGGCUUACACCUCAAAUUAUUGAUCAUUGUAAUAUAGUUCUCAAAUUCCCUGAAGGAACUAACAGCACUUGGUACAAUGAGCAAUUCAAGAUAUUUGAACCACUAGAGUACAAAUAUGAUGUUUGCGAAGCUCUUCUGCUAUGGGAACAGUAUCGCAACAUGACCACAGUGUUGACAAGAGAAUAUCUUGAUGCAAGGCCUGAUGGCUGGUUAGACUAUGCAGCCAAAAGGAUAGCACAGUUGGGGGCUGACAAAUGCUACAACCGGACUCUUUGCGAGGAGCAUCUCAAUUUACUUUUACCUGCACAACCACCCUUUCACCCCAGGCAGUUUCGGACAUGUGCUGUUGUUGGGAAUUCGGGUGACCUCUUGAAAACAGAGUUUGGUCCAGAAAUUGAUAGUCAUGAUGCCGUUAUAAGAGACAAUGAGGCUCCUGUUAAUGAGAAAUAUGCCAAAUAUGUUGGUCUGAAGCGGGAUUUUCGGUUGGUUGUGAGAGGUGCUGCUCGUAACAUGAUUACCAUUCUUAAUGGGUCAGAUGAUGAAGUACUUAUAAUUAAAAGUGUUACACACAGAGACUUCAAUGCAAUGAUAAAGCAAAUACCAAAUCCAGUUUACCUCUUUCAAGGCAUUGUCUUGCGCAGAGGUGCAAAAGGAACUGGAAUGAAGUCAAUAGAACUAGCGCUUUCCAUGUGUGACAUUGUUGACAUGUAUGGUUUUACAGUUGAUCCUGGGUAUACAGAAUGGACUCGGUAUUUCUCUACACCAAGGAAAGGGCACAAUCCACUUCAAGGGAGGGCAUACUACCAACUGUUGGAAUGUCUUGGUGUUAUACGGAUUCACUCUCCCAUGAGAGCACAAAGGAAACAAGACUGGUCCGAUGUUCCUAGUAGGGUCACGAUAAACCGUGCUCAUAAAGCUGCUCUGCGGUUGAAAAGAAGUGCAGAUGGUAAAGUGGGACAGUUUGUGAACUGUAAGGUAUGGGGCAACGCAGGUCCAUACGGGAGCGGACAGGUUUCAGGAUCUUCAGAUAUGACGGAUGUGAGGAAGAAUUCAAAGUACAGUAAAUGGGAAGUUUUGCCUUUCAAGAAACUGAGGGAAGAGGCAAGGAGUCAUUUUUCCCAAAUGGAACGUGUGUCUAUGUACAAAAUGGAUGGUAACAAGUUGGAUGAUCUAGUUUGUGUAAGGCAUGCCCAGGAAUCUGACCAGAAGGGUGGAAGAUGAUGAUUACAUGGUAAUGCUUGGCCACAUCAGAAACUGUCAAGUUAGUUUUCCCUAGCAGCAUGAACGGAUAACACAGAUCACUUCAAUUUGUACCUACUAGUCUACUACUUAACAGAAUGAGUCUUCUACAUUCCUUCAGGCCACGAGAUUCCACCUUUUGGAACAUCUUGGCCUAUCAGCGCUAUAUGUCAAAAUUUUCCUCACAUGUAACUUUUGAUUCCGCGCUUUGUAUUGUAUAAUAAUCAAAUAAAUAAGGUUCACGUUACUUUUUUGGUUGAAUUGAUAGAAGUCAUAGAUGUCCAUUUUAGCUAUUUAUCGUAUUUUUUAUUUUUUAAUAUAUACGUAGUGUGUGUGUGUCUAUAUAUAUAUAUAUAUAUAUAUAGGUUUUGGUUCAAAUAAGAACACGAUCUUAUGAGAGAAAUGAGAACGAAUCUACACCGUUAGAUUUGCUUCAAGUGAAA